AUGUCGAAGGCGUCUCGACGUGAGCUAUGCCGAAACCUGCUCUCGGAGUGGUCGGAUAAAGGACAAAAUACCGCGAUCCAUUUCGACGGAACUUACUGGCAGGCAGUCCAUAGCCAUAGCCCUAGCCCAAAUCACGACGGAGAUGAGUUACCAAAUCAGACCAGAACAUCCCUCGAGAGUGGCGAUGACGAUGCUGGAGCCCCCAACGAAGAUAACUCACCCGAGAACGUAGACGUUGGUACAGAAGAGACUGGGAAGCGCAUCGAUGCAGAAGAGAAACAAGAAGCCGAUAGUAUACUGAUCGGCGAGGAUAGUGAACCGGGCGAAUAUGAUGAAGAAGGCGAAAGCAACGGCGAUGAUGAAACUGACCAAGAUGUCGAAGAUGACGAAGACGAAGACGAAGACGAAGACGAAGACGAAGACGAAGACGAAGACGAAGACGAAGACGAAGAUGAAGAAGAGGAUGACGACGAGGACGAAGACGAAGACGAAGAUGACGAAGAGGAUGACGACGAGAACGAAGAUUGCUCUGAGUACGAUGAUGAUUACGAUUUUGAUUUCGAGUUCGAAUGGCUAGAACCAAUCGAUAUUACAAUAACUUCCACAGCAAACAUGGACGGAUGCGGCAAGCCAAAGACGAUUGCACACUGCCAGGCCAAGUUGAUCAGAAGAGACCAAAUGCGCGAUGAUUUCUAUGAGGAGAUGGAGCAACCUUCAAUUGAGACUUCAAAGUUAGCGUUUGACCUGUUCGACCGGUACGGUCGACUCAGACCCGAGUUCACAACUCACCCAAUCAUCAAAGGAAAUGGGAUCUGGGACCAGGAACUGGACCAAGGAGAUAUACUGCUCAUUGAAAAGAUAAUUGUCAACCCAGAUUAUCGCAGGCAAGGACUUGGUCGAAGGAUGGUAGGAUCAUUGUUGACUCUCGCCCAGCUGGAGACGUGGUCAUUCUUCGCUUUUGUUUGGCCUUCCAUGCUGAGAAUUGACGACAUUGAGUCCGAGUGGAACAGCUUACAAGAUGAUGCGGCAAGAAAUCGAAUGGAGAAGCGUGAAUCCGACCGAGCUGUCGUGUUCUACAGGUCUCUAGGAUUCCGCAGAGUAGCAUCCACGGACUGGUUCGCUAUGGCUUCCAACGAUGAUCACCCCUCACACCAGCUUGCUUCAACAGAGGAUUACAAUCCGCCAGAGGCACCUUCCUCCGCUCUCGAUCCCCUCUUGGGCCCGUUUCAGCAGAUUGGCGACCGUGCUUUGUCCGGGGUCGAAUACCCUGACUUCCUCGGCGUGCUUGACAAUUGUAUGCAGCAGAAGGGGUCGGUUGAUGCGUGCUGGACAAUUCAGGACAAGAAUGGAAAUACAGUCCUUCACCUUGCUGCGUCAAUAUUUAGCGCUGCUUGCGUCGAGUGGAUAUUGAAACAAGACUUCGGAACUCGGCUGCUUCAAUUGCGCAACCAUCGAGGCGAAACCCCUCUCGAAUUACUCGAAUUCAUACUCGAAAAACUUCGCACGCAGAAACGUAUCAACGCAUUCACUGCUCAUGUCUCGGACCGAUUCAUGGGACACAAUGAUAGCGCCGUGGACUGUUUGAUCUUGCUCAAAGGACUGGGCUCGGUGGAAUCUGUUGUGAGGUCCCAGGGUCGAGACGCACUCCAGCGGAUCGCGGGAGGAUGCACGUGCGGCCAGUGUCUGGGCGGGUUUCUGAGUCCGAGAGUGUCGCACGCUCUCGUAUGUCAGGCCCAGCUGGGAUACGACAGAUAUAAUGAUGACAUCGACCUGUGCUUAGAUCCAAAGAUGGUUGUACAUGAGGAUGACCUCGGUUACCUACCUUCAAGAGUGCUCGACAAUCUCCGGACGAACAAGUCCAUGCGUCAGGGGUUUGUCAACCUCUGGCAGUACAUUGGGACCUGCCUGGAAGCUGGAAAGGUGCCUCAUAAAGCCAAUGUGUUGGACGUGGUUCAUGAAUGGCCACCUGUAACAAAAAACUUUCUGCAGAGGGGAGGCACCGUGGAAUCAGUGUUUCUGGCGAUAUGUCGAAGGGCCAUGUCAGCGGAUGAGUGGAUGGGAGACGGACAACAUCAGGAAUUGUUCGGCGACGAGAUUUCAAAGCUACCUGAGUGUAGGAAUGACGGUGAAUUCGGCUUUGUGAGUGGCAUGUGCGGUUACAGGCGCAUUUCUCUGAGACCUACUAUAGACGGGAUGGGCAAUACUCUCGACGAGGAGGGAAACAUGGUCGAUUCGUUGUUAUAG